CGGCGUGACGUCAGGGAGGGGGGCGGAGUCCUCGGCGUUGAAAACAGUCGCUGCCUAUAAUCUCUCCACUUCCGGUUCUCUGGUGGGGAUUUUUUUUUGCGCUUAAUUUUUUCUUCUUCUCUUCGUCUGCGUCACUUAUUUGACAACAGCCCCUCGGUUACUGCUUUCAACCUUUUUAUUUCAUGUGCUCUGUUUUCUAAUUAUUUCUUCUUGUUGAUUUAUAAUGCGGCUGCUCUCCGUCGGUUCGACGCUGAAGCCCUGCGAGGUGUUCCUCUCCAGCAGGAUCCCGUCGGUUUGUGUUGGUUCCUUUGCUGCUGUCGAGGAAUGAACUGUGGAUUUACUGUAGAUAUUUACCACCGGGGAAGAAUCGUAUAAAUGCUCGUGUCGUCGAGGAGAGUCCCUGCGUUUGAAAACCGAGAGGUGCGUGUGCCCUGGGCUCGGCCUGGCCUGUGCCGUGGUGCCGAUGAAGAACCCGGGAGCUGCCGAGAGCGGCCGGCUGGUCGGCCUGUUGGAGGGCGCCCUGCUCAGAGAGGCCCGCCUCUGGAAGGUGCCCGUCUUCAAGAAUGGAUGCAUCCAGGGUGCUGACAUCUCUUCAUCCCAACACCAAGAGAUGAUCGUUUGGCUCGGAGAAAUGAGCCGACUCUUCCAGUUCUGUCCAGAGACCUUUGCACUGGGAGUCUGUGUCCUCAACCGCCUGCUGUCCACUGUCAAGGCCCAAACCAAAUAUCUGAAAUGCAUCGCUUUCACCUCCCUGGUCCUCGCUGCCAAAAUCAAUGAGGAAGAUGAGGUUAUAGGUUCUGUCAAAGACCUGGUUGUGCAGAGCGGAUGCAGCUUUUCAACAGCGGAGCUUCUUCGCAUGGAGAGGAUCAUUCUAGACAAGCUGCACUGGGACUUGUACACAGCAACACCAGUCGACUUCAUACACAUAUUCCACGCCCUGCUUGUCUCCAGCCACCCCCACCUCAUUCCGUCCAUCGGGCUCGGCCCCGGCGCGCUUCCCGUCGGGCCCGGCCCUCAGAAGAGGCCUUCGGGCUUCCAGGCGGCGCUGUGGACCAGGCAGGUGCAGCACUGUAUGGCCUGCCACCAGCUUUGGCAGUUCAAGGGCUCCACGUUGGCCUUGGCCAUCAUCACUUUAGAGCUGGAGGCGCUCACGCCCGAAUGGUUCUCCGUCGUCACCGACCUGCUGAAGAAAGCUCAGGUCGAUAGUGCCGAGUUCAUCCACUGCAAAGAGACAGUGGACGAGUACCUACACAGCUUGGAGUUCUCGCUGCCGGCCAACGCCAUCUACAUCUUUGACAGCGCCCAGAUCCAGGAGGAUGAGCGAGCCUGGAGCCCCACGCAGCACCUCUGGCAGGCCAGGAGGGGGCGUGGCGGCGGCCAGCAGGGGGACACUGACGAGUAUUACGACGGUCUUCUGCGUUUGUACGACGAGGAGUCGAACGUGGGCUCAGAGGGAAGCUUGUUCGACUCCCAGCAGAAGAACGUGUCCCCCUGCCCGCCACUGCACCCUGCUGUCAACUAGCUGCACGUUUAUUCACAACCAUCCAUCUCUGUACGAGUGCACAGCGCCCCCUAUUCCACGUUUGAGAUAUUAUAAAGUCACAUGAUAGAGCCUCAAUCAUUAGUUUCAAAAUCCUGAUGUUACUCACCUGAUGUGAUACGUAGCAAAUAAUUUAAAAGAUUUGAGGAAAUGAAGGUAGAAAUAAUUUAGUUGUGACUUCACUUAGGUCAAAUUUAAAACCUGUUUUCUUCCCGUCUGUGCACUUGUCGACCAAAUGUGAAUGUGGGUGGGUGUGUGUGUUGAUCCGUGUAUGAGUUCACCGCCCUGCAGGAGAAGAUGAAUGUUCCUCCUUGGCGAAGUGUUAUUGGUCCAUUUACGUUAUCUACCUUGGUAACACCACAUUUUUCCAUAUUUCUUAACCUUUCUGUCCUUUUUACAGCCACCACAAAUUUGAGUUCCACACGUCGGUGGUGAAGGACGAUAAUUAUGCAGGUGUGUGUGUGUGUGUGU